AUGAGGGGUUUUCGAGUGGACACUGAUGCUCCCCCAGCCAAUAGGUUGGAGGAACUCAAUCACCACCUAAAGCGGGAUAAUCAGAAUGAAGUAAGAAAUGGAGUUACAAGUGACACACCUGGGACCUUGGAGGAAGAAGGGUCAAGGAUUAAUGGAGAUUCUGACUAUGUGAGUGUCCGGGACACAGAUUUUGUACAAACCCACGCUGUUUCACAAACACAACAGCUAAAGCCCCAGGGACCUCAAGGUUCAGUGGUUCAUUGGGAAAGGUUACUUCCUCUGAGGUCUGUUAAGGUUCUACUGGUGGAAAAUGAUGAAUCAACUCGGCACGUUGUUAGUGCGUUGCUUCGGAACUGCAGCUAUGAAGUUACAGCUGUAGCUCAUGGUCUAGAAGCAUGGAAAAUUUUAGAAGAUCCUACCAAUCACAUUGAUCUUGUUUUAACAGAGGUAGCUAUGCCAUAUUUGUCUGGCAUUGGUCUCUUAUCCAUGAUUAUGAACCACAAGACCUGCAAGAAUAUUCCAGUAAUUAUGAUGUCAUCUAAUGAUUCUAUGGGUAUAGUCUUUAAAUGUUUGUCAAAGGGCGCAGCUGACUUUUUAGUGAAGCCUAUUAGAAAGAAUGAGCUUAUAACUCUCUGGCAGCAUGUUUGGAGAAAAUGCCACAGUUCAAGUGGUAGUGGAAGUGGAAGUGGAAGUGAAAGUGGAAUACGAACUCAAAAAUCUCCAAAGUCAAAAAGCUUCAAGUUAGAUAAUUAUGGUGCCAGCAAUGAUGAGGACGACAGUGGAAGCAUUGGCUUGAAUGUUUGGGAUGGAAGUGAAAAUGGAAGUGGAAGUGAAACUCAGAGUUCUUGGUCAAGAAGGGCUGUAGAAAUUGACGGCCCCCAACCCUUGACUCCUUGGAAUGAAUUAGCAGGUCCUCCUAGUACAACUCUUGCCCAGGCUAACCAUUCACGGCCUCAGGCGAUGAGCAAUAACCGGGUGUCAACAUUCACAAGAGAAUAUCGAAAUCAGGAUGCUGCACUUGAUUUGAAGAUUGGAGUACCAAAUGCUCAAGAACUACGCAGCCAAAGAGGUGGAGUAUUAAAUGAUACUAUAGACGCUGAAAAGUCUAAAAUUUUGAAUCCAUACUCGAGCAAAGAUUGCAACAGACUUGAAAAUGGAAAAAUGGAUCUCAAGAAUGACAUAUCAUAUGGAGCGUUGAGGAACAAAGAUUGUGCUCUGAUGGGUGCAAUUACCAAUGUGCCUAAACCUCGGAUGAGAAAUGUAUCCGACGAAGUUCCAAAACAUCCAUAUGAAGUUAUGAAAAUCAAAGAAACAGCCACCGAUGAUCCCAAGGAAAAACCUACCCUUGAGUUCAGUUUGAAACAACUCAGACACACAGAUGAUACGGGAACUAGUACCUAUCAGCAUAAUGCAUUGAGACAUUCAAACCUUUCAGCCUUCUCAAGGUAUAACUCCACGAUCAAUGCUAAUCAGACGCCAACUGGAAAUGUGGACAGCUGCUCUCCUAUUAAUAAUAGUUCUGAAGCAGCAAAGACAGAAUUAGCCACUCCCAAUCAGGUAUCUAAUGGAAGUAGCAACAACAAUGACAUGGGUUCCACCACGAAUAAUGCUUUUGCCAAGGUGGAAGCAUGUAAUGAGAAAACAAUGCCCAAGUCUUCAGUCGGUAUCCAUCCAUGUUCUGCUUUACAGUCAGUGCAGCAGGUCCACAUGUUGCCCAUUCAGCCUGUGAACCCAGGCAAGUCCAAUGUGACAAAGACAGCCAUGGCACCAAUGAAGGCCUUGGACCAGAAGGCUCAAGUACAGAACCACCAUCAUCACCAUCAUCACUAUCACCAUCACCACCACCAUCAUCAUGCUUAUGAUGCUCAGCAGCAGCAGCAACAGCAACAGCAACUGCUCAACCAUGAUGAUUUGUCCUUGAAACUUAUAACUGCAGAAGCUCCACACCAUGGACCGCGUGAUGAGUCAGUCACAGAAUUGGAAGGAAAUGCUGCUAAUUAUGGGAGUGCAUCAGGAAGUAACAAUGGAAGCAAUGGACAAAACGGAGGCAGCACUAUUGCAAUCACUGAAGCAACAAAUAUGGCAAGUGAUAAUGGAACAGUUGCUCAAUAUGAAGCUGGUGAUGGUAGUGGCAGUGGAAGCAGGAGCAGGGUAGACCAAAACCGGUCAGCACAGAGGGAGGCUACUUUGAGCAAAUUUUUUCAGAAAAGAAAAGAAAGAUGCUUCGAGAAAAAGGUCCGGUACCAGAGCAGGAAGAAACUGGCAGAACAAAGGCCACGUGUUCGAGGACAAUUUGUGCGACAAGUAACGGACGAUAACCAAAGCAAAAGUGAUACCAGGGACACGGAUUCUUGA